AUGUUGGAGAUAAUAGGAGAUACAGAGAGAAAGCACCUUAGAGAAGAACUCCAGAAUUGUAUUUGUUUUGCUGCACAAAUGGAUGGUUCUGUCGAUGCUAGGUAACAAGAUAAGAAAUUUAUAUUUGUUCGAUUCAAUACACCCGAGGACCCUCUUUUUAUUAAGACAAGAUUUGCAAGUGCAAGGGAAAGUACCAAGCGUGGUGCUGAAGGUUUGUGUUCUGCCAUGACAAACUGUUUUGAUGACAUGGGCCUUUCUAAAGAAUGUUUGCAGUCAAAAUUUGUUGGGAUGAGCACCGAUGGAGAGUCUGCAAACACUGGUAAGGAUUCUGGACUGUGGGCUAGAGUUGAAAAUUAUGUUGGUCGUUCAACAAGAAAUAUCUGGUGUGCAUGUCACCGAUCAGACUUAGCGAUGGAAGAUGUGAUGAGGUAAUAAUAAUAAUAAAUUAAUAAUAAUAAAAUAAUGAUUACAAUAUUUCAUUAGGAAGUCCACUCACAAAAGAGAUUUUAAGUGAAGCCCUGAGCAAAAAAAGAUAAAAAAAUAAAUUAUAAGGCUAUAUUAAUGUUAACAUUUAUAAUGUCUUUGGUUGGUACCUGAACUGAAAAUCUGGCUUUCCAAUGUAACGGGAGUAGCUACUUAUUACCGCACAUCAGGCCUAAGGACUAAGGAGUUGAAGACCAUAAAACCAGACAUGAGAAGUUUUCCUCCUCAUCAUGAGGUAAGGUUUGCUCAACAUCUUGUUCAACUUUGUGGAGCGAUACUAUUCAAUUUAGAUGGAUGUUUAAAGCACUGGCAAAAGAUUUGUGAUGCUCCUCGAGAAUAUAAUACCAAGGAGGUAUCGUCUGCAAAAGGAUUUUUAAAGUUGUGGCAACCAACAGGAGUGCAAGCAUGGCUAACUGCCGUUAUGGUGGACACAUGCUGUAUCUUCAGAUAUAUUGAAAAAGAAGCCCAGAAGCCUGGCAUUAUCAUUCCGGAUAUCUUGAAGUACAGAGAUACUGCCUUGCAAAAACUUGAUAUAAUGCAAACAGAGCCAUAUCCAGGUAAAAUAUAUAUAGUUAGUAAGUUACUUUGUUUAUAGAAAACAAAUUGAACUCACUCUUAUUUGAGUUCUUUAACAAAGGUGUAUUAUUCAUUACAUUGUAUGUUAUUUUACUGCACAUAGGUGGGCAGGAGGGGUUAUUAACAAGGAAGAUUGCAGAACUGCAUCCAGAGAAUGAUGAAGCAGUGGAUAAUACACCAAGAAGGACACACAACACCAAUGUGACAACGUUUCGUAGAGGAAAACAACCUAUCAGGCAAGAGGUUAUUGAUUCUUCAAGGAAUUUUCUCCAGGUAAAAUGAGAUAAAUAGGUAAUCUCAUAUCUGUUUAGCAAUCAGGUCACACCAUAUAAAGUUUUUAAUUACUAUUACCUAUAUUUUUUAUGUAUAUCAUUAUCAUGUUUAGACCAGGCUCAACGAGGAACAAACAGAAAUUGUAACAACCAUUAUCAACUUGACCUCAGCAAAACGUGCAAUUGAAUUCAUCAACAUUGCAUUACCUCAACUUGAAUCAAGUGGAAUCAGUGAUAAACAAGCAUUUAUUGAUGCAGUUUUAGAAAAUUUUACGGAAAUGCUUCCUGAUACACAUAUUCCUGCAAGAGACUAUGGUGUGAGACUCUACCAAAUGCUAAGGGGCAGCAAACAACCUGUGACCAAGUUUUUGUCAGGUUUUUGUGUUCUCUGCCCUCACAGUAUGACGGUGGAAAGAUGUGUGUCAACGUACAACAUGUUAUUCUCCAACCUGAGAAUGGCCACAUCUGAAAAAACACUGAAUGAUAGGCUAUUGAUUCACUGGAAUGGAGUGCCAACAUCUCAGUUUGACCCCAGUCCUAUGGUGCAAGAAUUUCUACAGAAAAAACAGAGGCGAAUGAAUCUUCCUAAUCUGAGUUCAUAUGCGGAACGUGACUUCGUAAAGAAGUUUUUUACAUCGGACUGCUGGUUGAUAGAUUACAUGUAUAUAGUGGUAUACUGUAUAGAUGAGUUUCACUAG